GCAGAAUGUCUGCUCUCUGUGCCCAGACGUGAGCAGGCCUCCCUCCACCUGUCUUCUCAGAGCAGAUAAUGGCAAGCAUGGCUGCCGUGCUCACCUGGGCUCUGGCUCUUCUUUCAGCGUUUUCGGCCACCCAGGCACGGAAAGGCUUCUGGGACUACUUCAGUCAGACAAGCGGGGACAAAGGCAGGGUGGAGCAGAUCCAUCAGCAGAAGAUGGCCCGCGAGCCCGCGAGCCUGAAAGACAGCCUUGAGCAAGACCUCAACAAUAUGAACAAGUUCCUGGAAAAGCUCAGGCCUCUGAGUGGGAGCGAGGCUCCUCGGCUCCCACAGGACCCGGUGGGCAUGCGGCAGCAGCUGCAGGAGGAGUUGGAGGAGGUGAAGGCGCGCCUCCAGCCCUACAUGGCAGAAGCGCACGAGCUGGUGGGCUGGAAUUUGGAAGGCUUGCGGCAGCAACUGAAGCCCUACACGAUGGAUCUGAUGGAGCAGGUGGCCCGGCGCGUGCAGGAGCUGCAGGAGCAGUUGCGCGUGGUGGGAGAAGACACCAAGGCCCAGCUGCUGGGGGGCGUGGACGAGGCGCGGGCUUUGCUGCAGGAACUACAGAGCCGUGUGGUGAACCACACUGGCCGCUUCAGAGAGUUCUUCCACCCCUACGCCGAGAGCCUGGUGAGCGGCAUCGGGCGCCACGUGCAGGAGCUGCACCGCAGGGUGGCUUCACACGCCCCAGCCAGUCCCGCGCGCCUCAGUCGCUGCGUGCAGGUGCUCUCCCGGAAGCUCACGCUCAAGGCCAAGGCCCUGCACACACGCAUCCAGCAGAACCUGGACCAGCUGCGCGAUGAGCUCAGCAGGGCCUUUGCAGGCACUGGGACUGAGGAGGGGGCCGGCCCAGAUCCCCAGAUGCUCUCGGAAGAGGUGCGCCAGCGACUCCAGGCUUUCCGCCAGGACACCUACCUGCAGAUCGCUGCCUUCACUCAGGCCAUCGACCAGGAGACUGAGGAAGUCCAGCAGCAGCUGGCGCCACCUCCACCAGGCCACAGCGCCUUCACCCCAGAGUUUCAACAAACGGACAGUGGCAAGGUUCUGAGCAAGCUGCAGGCCCGUCUGGAUGACCUGUGGGAAGACAUCACUCACAGCCUUCAUGACCAAGGCCACAGCCACCUGGGGGAGCCCUGAGGGUCUACCUGCCCAGGGCCAUUCCCAGCUCCUUGUCUGGGGAGCCCUGGCUCUGAGCCUCUAGCAUGGUUCAGUCCUUGAAAGCGGCCUGUUGGGUGGAGGGCGGAAGGUCCUGUGCAGGACAGGGAGGCCACCAAAGGGGCUGCUGUCUCCCGCAUAUCCAGCCUCCUGCGGCUCCCCCAUCUGGAUGCAUUACACUCACCAGGCUUUGCAAACCCAGCCUUCCAGUGCUCAUUUGGGAAUGCUCAUGAGUUGCUCCAUUCAAGGGGGAGGGAGUAGGGAGGGAGAGGCACCAUGCGUGUGGGUGAGUAUCUGCAAGCCUGUUUGCUGUGAUGCUGGAAGCCUGUGCCACUGCGUCCUGGAGUUUGGCUCUGGUCACUUCUGGCUGCCUGGUGGCCACUGCUACAGCUGGUCCACAGAGAGGAGCACUUGUCUCCCCAGGGCUGCCAUGGCAGCUAUCAGGGGAAUAGAAGGGAGAAAGAGGAGAAUAUCAUGGGGACAACAUGUGAUGGUGUGUGAAUAUCCCUGCUGGCUCUGAUGCUGGUGGGUAUGAAAAGUGGGGGCCGUGAUAGGAGAGGGCAGAGCCCAUGUUUCCUGACAUAGCUCUACACCUAAAUAAGGGGCUGAACCCUCCAAACUGUGGGAGCUCCUUAAACCCUCUGGGGAGCAUAAUGUGUGCUCUCCCCAUCUCCAGCCCCUCCCUCUGGACUCCCAAGCUGAAGCCUAGACUUCUGGCUCAAAUGAAAUAGAUGUUUAUGAUA